AAUGGUGUGACUGCGACUAGAGGAAUCCCAGAGACAAUGCUCCCCCGAACUUCUGAUGGCACAGGACAGGAACCAUCCCCGAAGACAAAUCAUCAGGCAUGAAAAGGACUGGUCAGUGGGGGGGAGAGAGAUGCUGAUGAAGAGUGAGCUAAUUAAAUCAGGUGGACACUGGAGAGUGUGUUGGCAACUCUUGACUGGAGGGGGGAUGGGAAGAUAGAGAGAGAGGGAAGAUGGCAAAAUUGGCACGAAACGAGAGACUGAAAGGGCUGACUCAAUAGGGGGAGAGCAAGUGGGAGAAGGGAGUAAGAUGUAUGUAAACCUACAUGUGACAAACUGAUUGGAAUGGUAAAUGUUCACUUGAAGCUUAAAAAAAAUUAAUUAAAAAAAAAAAAAACAAUAACAGGCUGUGAUGGAAAAGAAGCAAUCACAGAAUAGACCAAAUACCAAACCCACUGUCAUCGAGUCAGUUCCAACUGACAGCAACCCUACAGGACAGGGUGAACUGCCCCACGGGGCUUCCAAGGACUGGCUGGUGGAUUCGAACUGCAGAACUUUUGGUAAUAACUGGAAAUUAAAAUUGCCAUCUCAGUGGCCACUGCACAUAUGUACUGACUCCCUUUGCUCGAGCCUUGCUGGCUUCCUCCACAACCAUGUCUGACAAACCUGGUGUGGCUGAAAUUGAGAAAUUCGGUAAGUCGAAACUGAAGAACACAGAAACGCAAGAGAAAAAUCCACUGCCUUCAAAAGAAACGAAGAGGAGAGCCAAGCAGGCAAAUCUCAAUGAGGCCACACCACCGAUAUGCACUGUACAUUCCACAGCAUUGCCUUCUUAUUUUCCCUCUUUUAGCUGUUUAACUUUAUAA